AUGUAUUUGGUUUAUCCUCUCCUUUGGACGCAAGGCGAGAGGGGCAAGGCCGAGAGGGGGAACUCCAGACGUCCGGCAGACAGACUAGCUCGUAGCGCACCGCGCAACUCCAUCGUCUCCCGAGACAGACGGAUGUAUUGGUUUUAUCCUCUCCUUUGGACACUGCUACCAAAGGCCGAGAGGGGAACCAGACGUCCGGGCAGCCCUAGUUCUCCAUAUAUCCCGUCCAGGCUCGUAGCGCACCGCGCAACUCCAUCGUCUCUCGAGACAGACGGAUGUAUUGGUUUAUCCUCUCCUUUGGACACACACAAGUUAGCAAGGCCGAGAGGGGGAACUAGACGUCCGGGCAGCCCUAGUUCUCCAUAUAUCCCGUCCAGGCUCGUAGCGCACCGCGCAACUCCAUCGUCUCUCGAGACAGACGGAUGUAUUGGUUUAUCCUCCUCCUUUGACACUGCCCGUAGGCACCGCGCAACUCCAUCGUCUCUCGAGACAGACGGAUAUUGGUUUAUCCUCUUUUGGACACUGCUAGCAAGGCCGAGAGGGGAACUAGACGUCCGGCAGCCCCUAGUUCUCCAUAUAUCCCGUCCAGGCCCGCCCGUAGCGCACCGCGCAACUCCAUCGUCUCUCGAGACAGACGGAUGUAUUGGUUUAUCCUCUCUUUUGGACACUGCUAGCAAGGCCGAGAAUAGGCCGAGAGCGGGGGAACUAAACGUCCGGGCAGCCCUCUCUUUAUUCUCAAUAUCCGUCCAGGCUCGUAGCGCACCGCGCAACUCCAUCGUCUCUCGAGACAGACGGAUACAGACGGAUGUAUUGGUUUAUCCUCUCCUUUGGACACUGCUAGCAAGGCCGAGAGGGGAACUAGACGUCCGGGCAGCCCUAGUUCCUCCAUAUCCCGUCCAGGCUCGUAGCGCACCGCGCAACUCCAUCGUCUCUCUCGAGACAGACGGAUGUAUUGGUUUAUCCUCUCCUUGGACACUGCUAGCAAGGCUGAGAGGGGGAACUAGACGUCCGGGCAGCCCUAGUUCUCCAUAUAUCCCGUCCAGGCUCGUAGCGCACGGCGCAACUCCAUCUUCUCUCGAGACAGACGGAUGUAUUGGUUUAUCCUCUCCUUUGGACAUUGCUAGCAAGGCCGAGAGGGGAACUAGACGUCCAGGCAGCCCUAGCCGUAGCGCACUGCGCAACUCCAUCGUCUCCCGAGACAGACGGAUGUAUUGGUUUAUCCUCUCCUUUUUAGCAAGGCCGGAACACUGCUCCGGGCAGCUGGUUCUCCAUAUCCCGUCAGGCCGAGCGGGGAUCGUCUCGAGACAGACGGAUGACGUCCGGGCAGCCCUAGCCCGUAGCGGAGACAGACGGGAAUCCUCUCCUUUGGACACUGCUAGCAAGGCAGGGGGAACUAGACGUCCGGGCCCUCUCCAUAUAUCCCGUCAGGCCGUAGCGCACCGCGCAACUCCAUCGUCACCGAGACAGACGGAUGUAUUGGUUUAUCCUCUCCUUUGGACACUGCUUAGCAAUGCCGAGGGGGAACUAGACGUCCGGGCAGCCCUAGCCGUGGCGCGUAACUCCAUCGUCUCUCGAGACAGACGGAUGUAUUGGUUUAUCCUCCUUUGGACACUGCUAGCAAGGCCGAGAGGGGGAACUAGACGUCCGGGCAGCCCUAGUUCUCCAUAUAUCCCGUCCAGGCUCGUAGCGCACCGCGCAACUCCAUCAUUCUCGAGACAGACGGAUCAAGGCCGAGAGGGGCUGAGAGGGGGAACUCCAUACGUCCCGUCUCGGGCAGCCCUCCAUCGUCUCUCUCCAUAUAUCCGUCAGGCCGAGAGGGGGGAACAGGGGCGCACCGCAACUCCAUCGUCUCUCGAGACAGACGGAUGUAUUGGUUUAUCCGCUCCUUUGGACACUGCUAGCAAGGCCGAGAGGGCUCGUAGCGCACCGCGCAACUCCAUCGUCUCUCGAGACAGACGGAUGUAUUGGUUUAUCCCUCCUUUGGACACUGCUAGCAAGGCCGAGAGGGGAACUAGACGUCCGGGCAGCCCUAAUUCUCCAUAUGUCCCGUCCAGGCCCGUAGCGCACCGCGCAACUCCAUCGUCUCUCGAGACAGACGGAUGCCUCGUAGCGCACCGCAACUCCAUCUUCACCGAGACAGACGGAUGUAUUGGUUUAUCCUCUCUUUUGGACACUCUAGCAAGGCCGGGGCAGACGUCCGGCAGCCCUGAUUCUCCAUAUCCUGUCCAGGCCUGUAGCGCAGAGGGACAGAACUGGACGUCCUUGGACAGCCCCUGUUCUCCAUAUAUCCGUCCAAGGCCGUGGCGCACCGCGCAACUCCAUCUUCACUCGAGACAGACGGAUGUAUUGGUUUAUCCUCUCCCUUUGGACACUGCUAGCAAGGCCGAGAGGGGAACUAAACGUCCAGGCAGCCCUAGUUCUCCAUAUAUCCCGUCCAGGCCCGCUCGUAGCGCACCGCGCAACUCCAUCUUCACCCGAGACAGACGGAUGUAUUCAUUUAUCCUCUCCUUGGACAUAGCUAGCGCACCGCGCAACCCAUCGUCUCUCGAGACAGACGGAUGUAUUGGUUUAUCCUUUGACACUGCUCCUUUGGACACUAGACUAGUAAAAGGGCCGGAGAGGGGAAUCAGACGUCCCGGGCAGCCCUGGUUCUCCAUAUAUCCCGUCCAGGCCAGACGUCCGGGCACUAGCGCAACUCCAUCGUCUCUCGAAACAGACGGAUGUAUUGGUUUAUCCUCUCCUUUGGACACUGCUAGCAAGGCCGAGGGGGAACUAGACGUCCGGGCAGCCCUAGUUCUCCAUAUAUCCCGUCCAGGCUCCAAGGCCGAGAGGGGAACCAGACGUCCGGGCAGCCCUAGUUCCUUAAUAUAUCCCGUCCAGGGCCGUAGCGCACGCGCAACCCAUCUUCACCCGAGACAGACGGAUGUAUUGUUUUAUCCUCUCCUUUGGACACUGCUAGCAAGGCCGAGAGGGGGAACCAACGUCCGGGCAGCCCUAGUUCUCCAUAUCCUGUCCAGGGCUCGUAGCGCACCGCGCAACUCCAUCUUCUCUCGAGACAGACGGAUGGCCCGUAGCGCACCGCGCAAUCCAUCGUCUCUCGAGACAGACGGAUGUAUUGGUUAUCCUCUCCUUUGGACACUGCUAGCAAAGCCGAGAGGGGAACUAGACGUCCGGGCAGCCCUAGUUCUCAUAUAUCCCGUCCAGGCUCGUGGCACUGCGCAACUCCAUCGUCUCUCGAGACAGACGGAUCGCACCGCGCAACUCCAUCGUCUCGAGACAGACGGAUGGACACUGCUGGUUUAUCCUCUCCUUUGGACAUUGCUAGCAAGGCCGAGGGGAGAACUAGGGGACGUCCGGGCAGCCCCUAGUUCUCCAUAUAUCCCGUCCAGGCCCGUAGCGCACCGCGCAACUCCAUCUUCACCGAGACAGACGGAUGUAUUGUUUUUAUCCUCUCCUUUGGACACUGCUAGCAAGCCGAGAGGGGAACUAGAACGUCCGGGCAGCCCUAGUUCUCCAUAUAUCCUGUCCAGGCCCGUAGCGCACCGCGCAACUCCAUCUUCUCUCGAGACAGACGGAUGUAUUGGUUUAUCCUCUCCUUUGGACACUGCUAGCAAGGCCGAGAGGGGAACUAAACGUCCGGGCAGCCCUAGUUCUCCAUAUAUAUCCCGUCCAGGCUCGCUCCAGCGCACCGCGCAACUCCAUCGUCUCGAGACAGACGGAUGUAUUGGUUUAUCCUCUCCUUUGGACACUGCUAGCAAGGCCGAGAGGGGAACUAGACGUCCGGGCAGCCCUGAUUCUCCAUAUAUCCCGUCCAGGCUCGUAGCGCACCGCGCAACUCCAUCGUCUCUCGAGACAGACGGAUGCCGUAGCGCACUGUGCAACUCCAUCUUCUCUCGAGACAGACGGAUGUAUUGUUUAUCCUCUCCUUUGACAUUGCUAGCAAGGCCGAGAGGGGGAACUAGACGUCCGGGCAGCCCUAGUUCUCCAUAUAUCCCGUCAGGGCCUGGCGCGCACGCGCAACUCCAUCUUCACUCGAGACAGACGGAUGUAUUGGCUCGUAGCGCACCGCGCAACUCCAUCGUCUCUCGAGACAGACGGAUGUAUUGGUUUAUCUCUCCUUUGACACUGCUAGCAAGCAAGGCCGAGAGACGGGGAACUAGACGUCCAUAUAUCCCCGUCCAGGCCCGUAGCGCAGCCCUAGUUCUCAGACGGAUCGCACCGCGCAACUCCAUCGUCUCGAGACAGACGGAUGUAUUGGUUUAUCUCUCCUUUGACACUCCUAGCAAGGCCGAGAGGGGGAACAAGACGUCCGGCAGCCCUAGUUCUCCAUAUAUCCCGUCCAGGCCCGCCCGUAGCGCACUGCGCAACUCCAUCAUCUCUGGGAGACAGACGGAUGUAUUGGUUUAUCCUCUCCUUUGGACACUGCUAGCAAGGCCGAGAGGGGAACUAGACGUCCGGGCAGCCCUAGUUCUCCAUAUCCCGUCCAGGCUCGUAGCGCACCGCGCAACCCAUCUCUCGAGACAGACGGAUGUAUUGGUUUAUCCUCCUUGGACACUGCUAGCAAGGCCGAGAGGGGGAACUAGACGUCCGGGCAGCCCUAGUCUCCAUAUAUCCUGUCCAGGGCCGCCCGUAGCGCACCGCGCAACUCCAUCUUCACUCGAGACAGACGGAUGUAUUGGUUUAUCCUCUCCUUUGGACACUGCUAGCAAGGCCGAGGAGAGGGGAACUAGACGUCCGGGCAGCCCUUUUAGUUCUCCAUAUAUCCUGUCCAGGCUCGCAAGCGCACUGCGCAACUCCAUCGUCUCUCGAGACAGACGGAUGUAUUGGUUUAUCCUCUCUUGGACACUGCUAGCAAGGCCGAGAGGGGAACUAGACGUCCGGGCAGCCCUAGUUCUCCAUAUAUCCCGUCCAGGCCCGCCCGUAGCGCACCGCGCAACUCCAUCUUCACUCGAGACAGACGGAUGUAUUGGUUUAUCUCUCCUUUGGACACUGCUAGCAAGGCUGAGAGGGGGGGAACCAGACGUCCGGGCAGCCCUAGUUCUCCAUAUCCCGUCCAGGCUCGUAGGCACCGCGCAACUCCAUCGUCUCUCGAGACAGACGGAUGCCUGUAGCGCACUGCGCAACCCAUCGUCUCUCGAGACAGACGGAUGUGGUAUUGGUUUAUCUUCUCCUUUGGACACUGCUAGCAAGGCCGAGAGGGGAACUAGACGUCCGGGCAGCCUAGUUCUCCAUAUAUCCCGUCCAGGCUCGCUCGUAGCGCACCGCGCAACUCCAUCGUCUCUCGAGACAGACGGAUGUAUUGGUUUAUCCUCUCCUUUGGACACUGCUAGCAAGGCCGAGAGGGCGCACCGCGCAACUCCAUCGUCUGAGACAGACGGAUGUAUUGGUUUAUCCUCUCCUUUGGACACACCUAGCAAGGCCGAGAGGGGAACUAGACGUCCGGGCAGCCCUAGUUCUCCAUAUAUCCGUCCAGGCCCGUGGCCCGUAGCGCACCGCGCAACUCCAUCGUCUCGAGACAGACGGAUGUAUGGGUUUAUCCUCUCCUUUGACACUGCUAGCAAGGCCGAGAGGGGGGAACUAGACGUCCGGGCAGCCCUAGUUCUCCAUAUAUCCUGGGUCCAGGCCGUAGCGCACUGCGUUAUCCAUCGUCUCUCCGGAGACAGACGGAUGACAGACGGAUGUAUUGGUUUAGCGCACCUAGCGCAACUCCAUCUUGUAGCGCACCGCGUAACUCCAUCUUCACCUGAGACCUCGAGACAGACGGAUGUAUUGGUUUAUCCUCUCCCUUUGGACACUGCUAGCAAGGCCGAGAGGGGAACUAGACGUCCGGGCAGCCCUAGUUCGUCCAUAUAUCCCGUCCGAGAUGACGGAUGUAGGCCCGUAGCGCACGUCAGGCAAGUUCUCCAUCAACUCCAUCGUCACCGAGACAGACGGAUCGCACCGCCCAACUCCAUCGUCUCUCGAGACAGACAGACGGAUGUAUUGGUUUAUUCCGUCCAGGCUAGCAAAGGCCGAGAUGGGGAACUAGACGUCCGGGCAGCCCUAGUUCUCCAUAUCCCGUCCAGGCCGUCGCAACCCAUCGUCUCGAGACAGACGGAUGUAUUGGUUUAUCCUCUCCUUUGGACACUGCUAGCAAGGCCGAGAGGGGAGACGUCCGGGGAAAUAGACGUCCGGGCAGCCCGGAUGUAUUGUUGGACACUCCAGGCCGGAGAGGGGGAACUAUCCGUCCAGGCCCGGGCCCGUAGCGCACCGCGCAAUCCUCCAUCUUCACCGGGAGACAGACGGAUGUAUUGGCUCGUAGCGCACCGCGCAACACCAUCGUCUCUCGAGACAGACGGAUGUAUUGGUUUAUCCUCUCCUUUGGACACUGCUAGCAAGGCCGAGAGGGGAACUAGACGUCCGGCAGCCCUAGUUCUCCAUAUAUCCCGUCCAGGCCCGCUCGUAGCGCACCGCGCAACUCCAUCGUCUCUCGAGACAGACGGAUGCCUAGACGUAGCCCGCACCGCGCAAGCGCACCGCGCAUCUUCUUCGAGACAGACGGAUGUAUUGGUUUAUCCUCUCCUUUGGACACUGCUAGCAAGGCCGAGAGGAGGGGAACGUCCGGGCAGCCCUAGUUCUCCAUAUAUCCCGUCCGUAGCGCACCGGCAACUCCAUCGUCUCUCGAGACAGACGGAUGUAUUGGUUUAUCCUCCUUGGACACUGCUAGCAAGGCCGAGAGGGGGAACUCCCAUGUUCUAUCCCGUCCAGGCCCGUAGCGCACCGCGCAACCCAUCUUCACCCGAGACAGACGGAUUUUAUCUCUGGUUUAUCCUGCUAGCAAGGCCGAGAGGACACGUCGAGGCUGGCCUAGUUCUCCAUAGGCCGAGCGGGGGAACUCCAUCGUCCGAGACAGACGGAUGUUGGUUUGUUCUCCCGAGAGGGGAAUAUAGCCCGUCCAGGCCUGUAGCCGCACCGCGCAACUCCAUCUUCACUCGAGACAGACGGAUGUAUUGGCCCGUAGCGCACCGCGCAACUCCAUCGUCUCUCGAGACAGACGGAUGCCCGUCGCGCACCGCGCAACUCCAUCUUCACCCGAGACAGACGGAUGUAUUGGUUUAUCCUCUCCUUUGGACACUGCUAGCAAAGGCCGAGAGGGGAAAUAGACGUCCGGGCAGCCCUUGUUCUCCAUAUAUCCCGUCCAGGCCCGUAGCGCACCGCGCAACUCCAUCGUCACUCGAGACAGAUUGA